GAGGGCAGAAUAUUUGCAAAACAAUAUGGUAAUAUUUCAACACUUUUCGAUCUUUUUGAGUAUUUGAACCGUUCGCCAUCUGAAUUUCGCAACAAGACGAAAAUUCAGACAUCAGUUAUGUCGCUGAGUUCAUCAAAAUUCAUUUGAACAUUCAUUUUAUAGUGUUUUUGUGCCAAUUGAAUUGAACUGAUUGCUGCACUCGGAAUUGAGUUAAAAAUUCGAUAUUGACAAUGAGCGGACGAAAAAGAAAAGGAGUUGGUGCUAUAUGUGGAUCGAGACCGAAAAGACGUAAAGUGGGCAAACUUCCAGAAGAAAGUGGAUUGUUAGCCAUAAAGGUAUCCGCCGCAACGGCAGUCAAAGAGGAAUAUCACGAUAUUGUGCUGCCAUGGAUUGCGAAGAAGAGUAUCGAGUGUACAAAAAUCUGUGAGCUGGCGUCGCUUUUGUUUUUACACAAAGUGAAACUUGCCAAUGAAGAGGCCAUUUUGACGAACAACUGGAAAUUUUUCGAUGAAGGUGAUGGUAUCCACAUAAUUGAAGGAUGCUUCUUUGCUGUGUUGCGCAAAUAUAAAGAAGAGAACGACAUGGUGCCUGAAUUUCGAGACAUAGUCGAGGCAUUGGACGGAGACAAUCGGUUCGCAUGGCCCAAUAAUGAUUAUUUUGGGAAUCUUAUGAGAUAUUUAUUCCAACAACAUGCACGAAAUGCCAUAACCAACCUCACCACACACGAUGACAAACGACUUCGUGAGUACCUGAGAUUGUUGGUGUGGGAACACAACGUCGACAAUCUGGAUCCAAACGACGUAUUUGAUGAACAUGAUGUCAACAAUGCAGUGAAGUGGGCCAUUGAAAGAUACGAUUCAACCAGAGGUGAUGCGAUUAGAUUGGACAAACGGAAUCGGUUGCUCACUUGUGUGCGAAAUAUUGGCGGACCAAAAGACGACAACAUCGCAAAAGAUACAAAAGAGAAUUGGUUCGCGACGUUGCCAAUGUGGCUUCACAUGCAAAAAAAGAUCGAUGAUUAUCACAAUUGGGUACAAAACAACCUCGAAAAUAUUCCGGCUGACAUUGAGCUUCCCAUAAUCAAAAAUCUUUCAGUAUUACCAAUUUGCACACAUUUGCGAAAGAAUAUUAAAAUUAAUGCCGAUAUAUUGUAUCGAAUGAUGUGUGAAACCAAAAUCAUCCCGUUAGAUGAGUAUGGACGCCAAGUUGAUGGUACACAUGUCUGUGAAAACAAGGUUCAUUAUUUCAAUGAGAUUUUCGAUAUGAACAAAAUCAAUGGAAUAUUGAACGCGAACAAAGAAUUUCAUUAUCAUGUUGUAACCGAUGGUGUGUCAGCAUCGAUUUUAUACGACGUAUCGCGAAAUACAUUGGAACAGUUGGUGAGCGAUGAACUCAUAAAAAAGCGUUACGAAGAUGGCGUUUACAUCUACGAAUUGGGAAUCGAUCCGGGCAUGAAAACGUGGAACGCGACCGUUAGACGGCAUAUCGACUCCGGCAAAGAGAUGAAUUUCAAGACCAGCAGUAAGAAAUAUCAUUACCUGACGAAGCAAGGAGUACGAAACCGAAAAGCGAAGCGGUGGACACGUGGGUUUGUCGCCUUUGAACAAAACGAUCGAAAUGACAGAACCCGUUAUCCGCAAAUGCCGAGUCCAAAAGGAGAAAAUUGGAGAGACUAUAUAAGUCAUCGCUUGAGGAUUAUGAAGAAAGCCAUUGACGUGUAUACGAGCGAAAGAUACACCCGUCUACGAUUUGAUAAAUAUAUCGAAUCGAAUCGAGUAUGUGACAAGAUUGCUGCCAUGCUGACAAAUGGUAAGCCUUGCAUAAUUUUCUUGGGAGCGGCGAAUAUCUCACCCAACUCGCCGAUAAAGAUUAAAAAGAACAUUCGCUGCCCUGGUAACCGAAAGCUGAUUAAAAGUUUUAAGAAAAUGCUGGGCAACGUGGUGAAAAUGGUGAAUGAGUUCCGAACGUCUCGACUGUGUGCACGCUGCUUCGAGCCAUUUCCUUUGGAAACAUUGGGUCAUCGUUUCAAAGUGUGCGAAUGGUGUGUGCCAGAUAACAACGACUGGCCAGAAGGAUUGAAACUACCCGAAAAAAUCGUGACGAUGAAGAGCAAACGAAUGCUGCUAUCGGAACGACAAGAAUUGCGCGAUGCAAUGGUUGCGAAUCCAAAUCAAGCUGUUGGUUUUGUGUCAAAGGUCAUUUGUUACCGAAAAAACUGGCGACAAAACGCGGCAUACGAUGCGGUUAACAACGUUGCUCAGCUACCAGGCAUUAUUCGCGACGAAAAUGUCAUCGAUUUUACAGAGGAUUACAUGCUUCUUGAUGAUGACUUCUAUGUCGCCGAAGAGGAAGCCAUCCUGAACACUAUUUGGCACCGGGACAUUGCAGCUGCAAAGCUGAUAAUAUACAAAGGUAAUUUAUUCAUUGAAUUAAAAUUGGAUUCCGAAUGA